AUUAGAAGGGAGACUCAUUAUCAAGUAACGACCUAGAAACACUUCUCCGUUUUCAUGCAUCUCUUUCUUCCGAUCCGUCUCACUCUUUCUUCCCUCUAAUCCGAAUUGGCCCCAAUUGACUCACCAAUUCCGAUUCCAAAACGCACCGUUUAGAUCCCCCACCAUGGAGAUGGCCGCCAGUCCCCGCACCGUCGAGGAGAUCUUCAAGGAUUACGGUGCCCGCAGAGCCGCCGUCGUCCGUGCUUUGACUUACGAUGUUGAUGAGUUUUACGGGCUCUGUGAUCCAGAGAAGGAGAAUUUGUGUUUGUACGGACAUCCGAAUGAGACCUGGGAAGUGACACUUCCGGCAGAGGAAGUUCCCCCGGAGCUUCCGGAGCCAGCGCUCGGGAUCAAUUUUGCAAGGGAUGGGAUGAACCGCAAGGACUGGCUGUCCCUGGUCGCUGUUCAUAGUGAUUCUUGGCUGCUUUCUGUGGCUUUCUAUUUUGGAGCGCGACUUAAUCGCAAUGAGAGGAAAAGACUUUUUAGCUUGAUCAAUGAACUGCCUACUGUCUUUGAAGUUGUGACGGAAAGGAAACCCACUAAGGACAAGCCUAGUGUGGAUAGCGGAAGCAAAUCUCGUGGCAGCACAAAGAGAUCUGGUGAUGGAGUAAUUAAAAGCAAUCCUAAGCUCGCGGAUGAGAGUUUUGAGGAGGAGGAUGAUGAACACAGUGAGACUCUCUGUGGGAGCUGUGGUGGAAAUUAUAAUGCAGAUGAAUUUUGGAUUGGCUGUGACAUCUGCGAAAGAUGGUUCCAUGGAAAAUGUGUGAAGAUAACACCCGCCAAGGCUGAGAACAUUAAGCAAUACAAAUGUCCAUCUUGCAGUUUGAAAAGGAGCAGGCAGUAGUGGUCACUCUGGCCUGCGAGGGAGAGAGAAAUAGGCGCGAGCUUGUCUCAGUGGCUGACAGAGUAGCAUAGAAAUGUCACUAUUUAAUGUAAUGAAUUUGUUGUUGUGAUGUUUGUUUAUAAUAGAUGCUUUUUCAAAGGGGUUGAAGCCACCCUUCCUCACCCAUGAAACUCUCUUCAACUUUAUAUCAUCUUCCAGUUAUUAAUUUAUGACAAAUGUAUGAAUAACAUUUGCUUAAUUCUUGUUAGUGUUAAUGUUACGUUUCGUAUUAAGUUGGAA